UUACCCGUUGUCGAGGAAAAUCGUCAAUAUUGUUACCGCGUUCCCGUACCGACGGUAUCGCGACCGUUUCGGUAUCGCGCGUUAUAUCGGUCAACGGAGUCACAAAAAUAAAAAAUUAAACCACAUCAUCGUUAUCAAACAGGUACAUCGUUUGUUGCGCACACCGACGGCGCCUAAUUUGAAUAACUACUC